UUCCUGUCGUGGUUCUUCUCCUGCGCUGCUUUUACUCUCCAUAUUCUGGGAUUCUUGUUCUUUCUUUCUGGAGUUAUUAUCGCCUGGAUUGUUAUUUAAAGCCGGCAAGCAAUUAUGAAGUCAUUUCAAUUCGCUCGUCGCAGGGCGUUGCAAAGCCUCGUCGCACCGCGCGCCUUUCAAUCUCCCGCAACGGCUCAGUUAUGGAAGAGAUGCUUCAGUGCUACUUCAGCUGCUGCCUCCCAACUAGCCCCCCUUGACCCCUCGAAACUUACCGUCUCGAAGACGACUACUCCUAAGGAAUUGACUGCCCCGAAGGACUUGGUCUUUGGCAAGACUUUCACCGAUCAUAUGCUGUCGAUCGAAUGGACCGCGACGGAGGGAUGGCACUCCCCCCAGAUUGUUCCGUACCAGAACCUCAGUCUCGACCCGUCGGCUUGUGUUUUCCACUAUGCGUUCGAGUGUUUUGAGGGUAUGAAGGCCUACAAAGACGAGUCUGGUCAGAUCCGCUUGUUCCGUCCCGACAAGAACAUGGCGCGCUUGAACAAAUCCUCGAAGCGCAUUGCUUUGCCUUCCUUUGAUGGCGAGGCCCUCACCAAGCUGAUUGGAGAGUUUGUGAAGUUGGACAGCAGGUUCAUCCCAAGUGAGCGGGGCUACUCACUGUACUUGCGGCCCACGAUGAUUGGAACUCAAAAGACCCUCGGUGUGGGACCCCCGGGCUCUGCUCUUUUGUUCGUGAUUGCAAGCCCGGUUGGCCCGUAUUACCCUACUGGCUUCAAGGCCAUUUCGUUGGAGGCUACCGACUAUGCUGUCAGAGCCUGGCCUGGUGGUGUUGGCGACAAGAAGCUGGGUGCCAAUUACGCCCCCUGCGUUCUCCCUCAGCUGGAAGCGGCGUCCCGUGGCUUCCAGCAGAAUCUGUGGCUCUUUGGAGAGGAAGAAUAUAUUACCGAGGUCGGCACCAUGAACCUUUUCGUUGCCUUGAAGAACAAGGAAACUGGCCAGAAGGAACUGAUCACUGCGCCUCUGGACGGAACGAUCCUCGAGGGUGUGACCAGAGACUCCGUGCUGGGGCUGGCUAGGGAAAGGCUGGUGCCCAAGGGAUGGAACAUCUCCGAGCGUAAGCUCAAGAUGUCCGAAGUCGCCGAAGCGGCCGAGGAGGGCAGAAUGAUCGAGGUGUUCGGUGCCGGUACCGCAGCUAUUGUCAGUCCCGUGCGGACAAUCAGCUACCGGGGUAAGCUGGUCGACUGCGGCCUGAAGGAAACUGAGGAAGCAGGCGAAAUUGCUCUUCAGAUGAAGAACUGGAUCGAGGGUAUCCAGUAUGGUGAUGAGAGUCACCCUUGGAGCUAUGUCCUCUAAAUUAGCGAAAAGUCUUAAGAUACGGGAAUGGUCUUUUAAGCUUGCAUUGCUAGAUUUUCUCUGGUAUCUCUGGUAUAUCUUGAUGAUAGAUGGAUAUCAAAUGGCUGGUCUUGUUGGAAUUUUUCUUACUAUACGUCGAUUUUAGUGGUGAUUGUUCUUGGCGAGCACGAGCAUCACAUCAAAAGAAAGGCGGGUUUUUCCCUUGCAUCUUGCGACCUAAUGGCGAUUGGAGUACCCAAGUAAUGGAGGGCAAAUUUUUUUUUUUUUUGGCCUUCUCAGGAGGCGGGCUUGAAGGAGUCUGCCAGGUAAUCCUAGACAAGACGGAAACAUCAUCCUGCGGCCUUCUGCACGACAUACACUUUCGUCCAGCAACGAAGGCCAAGGACGGUGGCGAUACACGCGAGGAGCCUGCAGAUAAUGGGUCAUGGCAGACGUAGUCAGCCGUGCCUUGGAGCGAUUACUUGCAGGACGCCUGAGGCAUGUCCCCUGUCUCAGUUGGUUGCGUUUCACCCCCUCGUGAGGUGCAAAGGGUAGCUGUGUUGGACAUGGGCUGUGACUCGGGUGAAUUUGGUUUGCUGGCACGCCCAGCCGUUUCUGUAAAUAGCAUCGCUACACAACAAUAUCCUUGCUAAUAUACUGUCGAGCUGUAAUAAUCGACACAGGAUGAUCGACAGCUGCCA